AUCCAAUGGUUUUAUCUUCUCUCACCAGGAGCUUGGAAAAACCACCAAGAAUCUGUGAAGUAAUUGUGGAUCCUUACACUACGGUGACAGUAUCUCAAGGAAUCUGUUUUUAAGCAUGUUGGACUGAACACUGUGACGUUUCUCCUUGUGUUCAGAGAUAAGAAGCCUCUGGAUUGUUUCUGCCCCAGAACCAAAAGGGAUAUUUGCAACAUAGAAUAUAACUGUUCCUCCGAUUCUCCCUGGAAGACAAGUGGAUUAUAACCUUACUUUCUUCUGGGAUUCUUCAGCCUUUUUUUGUGCGCCUUGCAGAUCUUUACACUUAAGACUUUCUUGGUGGAAAGGAACUACCUCUAUGCAUUCUGCUGUGCCAAAAUAGUAAUAAUAAAAACAAUAGUUGCCUGAACUGCAGCAAUUUUGACCAAGAACUCUAAGAAGGCCACUGAUGGGUGCAUGUUAAUGCCAGCAGUCUGCUGUGGAGCCAGUGAACAGCCCAAAACAUACAGGUGAACUUUUGUCCAGAUCUGUCAGCUGUUUCUGAGAACAAGAAGUUGGAUCAUAUUUGCCUGAUAAAUGGGAAUCUUCAGACUAAUCAUCUGCGAAAUACUAGCAUACAAAAUUAUGGGAUGUUACGCUUGUUCCGAUUUUGGCUGUGCUUUUGGAAAAUACACUUGAUAAUCAUUCAUGUCCAGAUUGGGUUGUGUAAUUCAUCAGUCAAUGCUAGUCAUGGGAGUAUUAGGUAAUGCUGCUGGCGUCUGUGCCCUUUUGAGUGGUCUUGUUCCUCUUACUACUUAGUGCUGCAGCUAGCUCUUGGUUAAAAGUUAUCAAAGAAGUAAUAUUUUUCCUCCUUCCAUUCUUGCUGCCAAGAUGGCUUCUGUCCGGUUCAUGGUUACUCCCACUAAAAUUGAUGAUAUCCCAGGCUUGUCUGACACCAGUCCAGAUCUCAGCUCGCACUCCAGUUCCCGUGUCCGCUUCAGUUCCAGAGAAAGUGUCCCGGAAACAAGCCGCAGCGAAGGGGCCAGUGACUUUUCUAGAGUAACAACUUCACUGGCUACUGAUGCAGCCGAGCCGGCUACUGACAAGACAAGUAACCCUCGUGCAGAUGUGGCUGAAGAUGUGAGUCAAACUUCCAUCACAGGGGAACAGUAUCAGCUCUUAGAUCCUGGGCACAAGAAAGAUCCUCAUGCCUAUCUCAACAACAUUAACUACGAAGAUGGCGAUGAAUUCUUUGACAAAAAUUUGGCACUCUUUGAGGAGGAGAUGGACACCCGACCCAAGGUGUCCUCCCUGCUCAACCGCAUGGCCAAUUACACCAACCUGAUGCAGGGAGCACGCGAACAUGAGGAGGCUGAGAAUGUCCCUCCAGGCAAGAAGAAGCCCACAAAGACUCCACAGAUGGGCACAUUCAUGGGGGUCUACCUGCCCUGCCUGCAGAACAUCUUUGGAGUGAUUCUGUUCUUGAGACUCACCUGGGUGGUGGGUACAGCUGGGAUAUUGCAAGCCUUUGCCAUCGUAUUCAUCUGCUGCUGCUGUACGAUGCUAACAGCCAUCUCCAUGAGUGCCAUUGCCACCAACGGAGUUGUGCCUGCUGGGGGUUCAUACUUCAUGAUAUCACGAGCUCUGGGCCCUGAGUUUGGAGGAGCUGUGGGACUCUGCUUUUACCUGGGCACCACCUUUGCUGCUGCAAUGUAUAUUUUAGGAGCCAUUGAAAUCUUCCUGCUGUACAUUGCCCCCGAGGCAGCCAUCUUCCGUAGCGAGGAUCCCCUGAAGGAGCCAGCAGCCAUGCUGAACAACAUGCGGGUGUAUGGCUCUGCCUUCCUGGUGCUGAUGGUGCUGGUGGUGUUUGUGGGUGUGCGUUACGUGAACAAAUUUGCCUCCCUCUUCCUCGCCUGUGUCAUCGUCUCCAUCCUGGCCAUCUACGCGGGUGCCAUCAAGUCGUCCUUUGCACCUCCCAAUUUCCCCGUGUGCAUGCUGGGGAACCGCUCCCUUUCCCAGCACCACAUUGACCGGUGUGCCAAGACUGAGGAGCGUAACAACAUCACUGUCCACACCCGCCUCUGGCACCACUUCUGCAGCAGCAGCAACAAGCACCCCAACGGCUCUUGCGAUGACUAUUUUCAACAGAACAACGUCACUGUUAUCCAGGGUAUCCCAGGGCUGGCGAGUGGCAUUAUUGCUGAGAAUCUUUGGAGCAACUAUCUGGUGAAAGGCGAGAUCAUUGAGAAGCCGUCUUUGCAUUCAGUUGAUGCAGGAGGAGCCAUAAAUCAGCAGUAUGUGCUGACUGAUAUUACCACUUCUUUUACCCUCCUUGUUGGCAUCUUUUUUCCCUCCGUCACUGGAAUUAUGGCUGGAUCAAAUCGUUCUGGAGACCUGAAGGAUGCCCAGAAAUCUAUUCCCAUUGGUACCAUCUUGGCCAUUCUCACCACUUCAUUUGUGUAUCUUAGCAAUGUGGUGCUUUUUGGAGCUUGCGUAGAAGGUGUUGUACUCAGAGACAAGUUUGGCGACACCGUGCGGGGGAACCUCGUGGUGGGGACGCUGUCUUGGCCCUCUCCUUGGGUCAUCGUCAUCGGUUCCUUCUUCUCAACCUGUGGAGCCGGGCUGCAGAGCCUCACGGGGGCCCCUCGGCUGCUCCAAGCUAUCGCUAAAGACAACAUUAUACCCUUCCUGCGGGUGUUCGGUCAUGGCAAAGCCAACGGUGAGCCCACCUGGGCCUUGCUCUUGACAGCUGGCAUUACAGAACUAGGGAUCCUCAUUGCCUCUUUGGACAUGGUAGCCCCCAUCCUCUCUAUGUUCUUCCUGAUGUGUUACCUCUUUGUCAACCUGGCCUGCGCCUUACAAACCCUACUGCGUACUCCAAACUGGAGGCCACGCUUCCGGUACUACCACUGGGCACUCUCUUUCAUGGGCAUGAGUAUCUGCGUGGCGCUCAUGUUCAUCUCCUCCUGGUAUUAUGCCAUUGUUGCCAUGGUGAUAGCUGGAAUGAUCUACAAAUACAUUGAGUACCAUGGGGCUGAAAAGGAGUGGGGGGAUGGCAUCCGUGGCCUGUCCCUGAGCGCAGCCCGCUUCGCCCUGCUGCGUCUUGAGGAAGGGCCACCCCACACCAAGAACUGGAGGCCACAGCUGCUGGUGCUUCUGAAGCUGGACGAGGACCUGCAUGUGAAGCAUCCACGUCUGCUCACCUUCGCCUCCCAGCUGAAAGCCGGCAAGGGCCUCACCAUCGUGGGCUCUGUCAUGGUGGGCAAUUUCUUGGAGUGCUACAGUGAGGCACUGGCUGCCGAGCAGCAUUCACUAGCAGUACUCCAUUUUCCCAACCCUGUUUAUAGAUGUCGUUUCCUGUUGUUUGUGAAACAAGAGAGAAACAUGGGCAUGGCUAGAGGUGGAAAGGCCGAUAUCCCUGCUGUGAAAAAGAUACCACUCUCACCAGUCCCCUUUUUCUUGCCCCGGCAGCAUGACAGUGACAUCUCUGCCUAUACCUAUGAGCGUACACUGAUGAUGGAGCAGCGUUGCCAGAUGUUGCGGCAGAUGCGUCUUUCUAAGACGGAACGGGACCGAGAGGCUCAGCUUGUGAAGGACAGAAACUCUAUGCUGCGGUUGACAAGUAUCGGCUCAGACGAUGAUGAAGAGACUGAAACCUACCAGGAGAAGGUGCACAUGACAUGGACCAAGGAUAAAUACGUGGCAUCCCGUGGGCAGAAAUCCAAGUCACUCGAAGGUUUCCAGGAUCUGCUCAAUAUGCGGCCGGACCAGUCCAAUGUGCGACGCAUGCACACAGCUGUCAAACUCAAUGAGGUCAUUGUCAACAAGUCCCAUGAAGCCAAGUUGGUGUUGCUUAAUAUGCCAGGUCCGCCACGAAAUCCUGAGGGAGAUGAGAAUUAUAUGGAAUUCCUGGAGGUGCUCACCGAGGGGCUUGAGCGUGUGCUGCUUGUGCGGGGUGGUGGCAGCGAGGUCAUCACCAUCUACUCCUAGAGGCACUGGAAGGUCCUCCUUCUGACGGACUAGCUUCUGUCCAAUUGGCAUCUGCUUCCUGCCUGUGACCACCUGCCACUUGAACUCCCAAGAAGAGCAGUUCUUGGUGACACGCCUCCUUCGCUUCCUUUUCCCCCUGUGGCCUCAUGGGCCUGAAGUCAGGGCAGUUUUCUCCUUGUUGAGGACAGAGAGUUAACAUUUUCUUCUCUCCUUCCAGAAGAACCAACAUGAGCUUUUUAGACAGGUGGGUUGGGAGGUGAUGCAGUCUCUCCCUCCACAAGCGUAAAAGCCCUCGAGACAAGUACCGAUUCUGGUGGGGGUAAAAAGGAGCACAAGAGCAGGGACACCCCCACUGCUUCUGCCUUCUAGUUGCUGCUAACAUUCUCCAGGAGCCAUUACAAGAGUGUGACAGGACCAUCAGCUGGAAGGACAGUUGCAUGUCCUUGUCUGUUGAGGGAAAUAAGAAAAGGGGACUGGAGCUUUACCCUCUGUGGUGCCAUUCUCUUCUGGUUAGUGCCAAGGUCUUUCAGCUUUCUCCUUGAAAUCAGAGGGAGAGAGCAUCUGGAAAGAUGGAGGUGCUUCUAUAGUUCUUCAUCCGUAGCUUCUUGGAGGGGUUCCGAACUCUAAAUUCACCUUUUGCCAAGGCAAGUUGGUAGAGAAUGGUUGUCCCCUAAUGGAGGCAGCAGUACCGAUGGAGGGAUUUAUGUGACUGUCCUCCCAGCCAGCCCUUUUCCCUGUGGCCCUCACACUCCUGCCUGGGUAAGGAAGCCCAGAGACUUAUUUCCCCAGUCUUAUGCAAGUAUUAAAACAGAAUAGGUUGCAGUAUCUGGUUGUCAAGGGAAGGUGGACAAGAGAACAGCCAGUAUCCUGUUGUGAUUCUGUCUGCAUAAUGAGAAUGUCAGCAGCAGCCAAUUGCUGAUUAAGGAGUUCCUUUCCCAGUUGGGGGGUGCACGGGAUUUUGCUUCACUGCACAUGAGUCACACGGUAUCCCCUUCCCCAAAUAGAAAAAGGAACUCUUUGGCCAGAAGCAGGCUGCUGCUGGUCCCAUUCCUGUUGCACAGGAUAAAUGUCAAAAGGAGUGGAAACAGCAAUAUCUCCUGACAUUUGUUAAGUCUGCAUGCUCCUGAGUACGUACACCCCCUUCCCUUGAAUAUGAGAGAAACUAUAACCCUUUCUAUGCCAAAACAUUUAAGCUCACCCUCUUUUUAGAACAGUUUUCUCAGUGGUGAAGACCCACAACUGCUGUUUUCAUGAGUGCUGGGAAUGAGUCCUUCUUACCCCUACAGAAACAAACAGGGGGAAAGGUGCUGUGUCUGUUUUGUCCUAUUCAGUUUCAAUGAUGGAUGUCUAAAUCUCCUCCUCACAUCCCUUGCUCAAGAACCGUAUACAGGGACCACUCCUUUGGGGUAGCCUUAAGCAGAUGCAUCUCCAACCUCUCCUCCAGCUUUCUUUCUAAAGGGAAUUUCACACACCACUGUACAUCUCUUGAGGGGGGUCUUUAAUUUAUUGGGGAUGUAGCCUUGUUUACAUAGAAAGUUUUGGGGUGUGAUUUUUUUUUUUUUGGCUUCCUGAAUUAUGUAAAGAAUAAACUUUUUAUACAUAGU